AUGGUUUCUCAAGCGCCAAGUAAGGAUUCUAGCUUGAACAAAAAUCAAUGUAAGGAGCUUAAAGUUUCAAAACCUCAAACCAAGCCCUCGAAGAAGAUGAAAUUUGUUUCAUCUGCUGAGACAGAACGAGGCAGCAUGACAACAUUUUCUAAGGAGCCAAAGUCUAGUCAUGGCAUAAACACAAUGCCCCAUGUUGUGAAGAUAAAAUUGCAUAAAAUCAAGCCAUCCAAAGUCCCAAUUGUGGACAAGAAAUGGACUGAAAUCCCAAAGGAUAUAAAAGAGCAUAUUUGGGAAGCCGUUGACAUGGCUUAUGUGGUAGGGCAAGGGGGUACAAAAAUGGUGUUAUCAUCUGCUGGCAAGAAAUGGAAGGAUUUCAAGUCUACACUAACGAGGCAUCAUAUCCUUCCAUUCAUCAAUGAGAAGGAGAAGUUAAGACAAUCCCCUGAAUUAUAUAAAUUCUUAGAGAAAGCAGACUGGGAUGCCUUUGUAGCUUUAAGGUUAUCCAAACAAUUUGAGUCUGUCCAUGCUGAACAAGCACAGAGGAGAGAGAAAUGCGAGUACAAUCAUCGAUUGUCUCAAAAAGGAUAUGUUGGUUUAGAGGAUGAUUUGGAAGAAAUCAUGCUAGGGGUAGAAAUUGAUCGAUCUACCUUGUGGAAGAAAGCUAGAGAAGACAAACACAGUAACAUCCCCGUUUUAAAUUUGUAUUAA